AUAAUUAAUCAUGAAUUCACACUCAGCUUGCUACUAGUUCUACAAAUACAAGUUCAGCGCUCACUAUACCAUUUCCUCUCCAGGUUUCAGUGCUCGAAUUCCAACUGUCGUCUUCGCCCAUUGAUAGAGCUUUUUGGCUUCAUCCUCCCUGUGUCCUUCACCAGUGACAGUCCUCGUGUAACUUGAUCACAAUAGCAUGGCAGACAGGAUGCAAAUGUAUCGACUCGGAGCGGCCUUGCAGAACUUUCCCCCCGGGUCUCUCAACAAUCUUGCCAACUCUCUCAACAAUCUUGCCAACAGCCUUUAUAACAGAUUCGAGCAGCGGGGCGUCCCGUCUGACCUUGAUGAGGCCAUCGAGCUCCAUCGGUCUGCACUACUCCUUCGUCCCGCCGGUCAUUCUGAACGAUCAUCGGCUCUCAUAAAUCUUUCCAUCAGCCUUCAACGGAGAUUUGAGCAUCGGGGCGUCCCGUCUGACCUUGAUGAAGCCAUUGAACUCUAUCAGGCUGCACUACUCAUUUGUCCCCCCGGUCAUUCUCAUCGAUUUGCGUGUCUCAACAAUCUUGCCACCAGUAUUUAUGACAGAUUCAAGCAUCGGGGCGUCCCGUCUGACCUUGAUGAGGCCAUCGAGCUCCAUCGGGCUACAUUACUCCUUUGCCCCCCUGGUCAUUCUGAUCGAUCAGCGUCUCUCAACAAUGUUGCCAACAGCCUUCUAAACAGAUUCGAGGAGCGAGGCGUCCCGUCUGACCUUGAUGAGGCCAUCGAGCUCUAUCGGACUGCACUACUCAUUUGUCCCUCCGGUCAUUCUUCUGAUCGAUUAGCGUCUCUCAAUAAUCUUGCCCACAACCUUCUAAACAGAUUCGAGCAGCGGAGCGUUCCGUCUGACCUUGAUGAGGCCAUCGAGCUCUAUCAGGCUGCAUUACUCAUUUGUCCCCCCGGUCAUUCUAAUCGAUCAGCGUCUCUCAACAAUGUUGCCAACAGCCUUCUAAACAGAUUCGAGGAGCGAGGCGUCCCGUCUGACCUUGAUGAGGCCAUCGAGCUCUAUCGGGCUGCACUACUCAUUUGUCCCUCCGGUCAUUCUUCUGAUCGAUUAGCGUCUCUCAAUAAUCUUGCCCACAGCCUUCUAAACAGAUUCGAGCAGCGGAGCGUCCCGUCUGACCUUGAUGAGGCCAUCGAGCUCUAUCAGGCUGCAUUACUCAUUUGUCCCCCCGGUCAUUGUUUUCGAUUUAAGUGUCUCAGCAAUCUUGCCACCAGUAUUUAUGACAGAUUCAAGCAUCGGGGCGUCCAGUCUGACCUUGAUGGGGCCAUCGAGCUCCAUCGGGCUGCACUACUCCUUUGUCCCCCUGGUCAUUCUGAUCGAUCACCGUGUCUCGCCGGUCUUGCCAACAGCCUUUCAAACAGAUUCAAGCAGCGGGGCGUCCAGUCUGACCUUGACGAGGCCAUCGAGCUCUAUCGGGCUGCACUACUCCUUUGUCGCCCUGGUCAUUAUGAUCACUCAAUGUCUUUACACAAUCUUGCCAACAGCCUUCUAAACAGAUUCGAGCAUCGGGGCGUCCCGUCUGACCUUGAUGAGGCCAUCGAACUCCAUCGGGCUGCACUACUCCUUCGUCCCCCCGGUCAUUCUGCUCGCUCAAUGUCUCUCGGCAGUCUUGCCAACAGCCUUUUUAACAGAUUCGAGCAGCGGGGCGUCCCGUCUGACCUUGAUGAGGCCAUUGAGCACUAUCAGGCUGCACUACUCCUUCGUCCCGCCGCUCAUUCUGAUCGAUCAAUGUCUCUCAACAAUCUUGCCAACAGCCUUCGAACCAGAUUCAAUCGUUGGGGCGUCCCGUCUGACCUUGAUGAGGCCAUCGAGCUCGAUCGGGCUGCACUACUCCUUCGCCCCCCCGGUCAUUCUAAUCGAUCAAUAUCUCUCAGCAGUCUUGCCCACAGCCUCGAUGACAGAUUCAAGCAGCGGGGCGUCCAGUCUGACCUUGAUGAGGCCAUCGAGCUCUAUCAGGCUGCGCUACUCCUUCGUCCCGCCGGUCAUACUGAUCGGUCAAGGUCUCUCAACAAUCUUGCCAUGAGUCUUCAAACCAGAUUCGAGCAGCGGGGCGUCCCGUCUGACCUUGAUGAUGCUAUCGAGCUCCAUCAGGCUGCACUACUCCUUUGUCCCCCCGAUCAUUCUAAACGAUCAUUGGUCCUCAGUGAUCUUGCCAACAGCCUUUGUAUCAGAUCCUGGCAGCGGGGCGUCCCGUCUGGCUUUGAUGAAGCAUUUAGGUUGUAUGCGCAACUCUCCUACCUAUCUCAUGCAGUCUCCCAUACGGAUCUUACCGCUGCCAAGACAUGGACCAUCUCUGCCGAAGUGACGAACCAUGACUCUGCAUUGCUUGCCUAUCAAACUGCAUUGAAAUUCCUAGAUCAGCAUGUUACAAUACUGUCGCCUUCUCCACACCUAUUUGAUGUCGUCAGGACUGCCACAGCUUCACUUGCCAUGGACGCUUGCUCGUGCAGUAUUCGUCAUGGCGCACUGAAAACUGCUGUGGAACUGGUGGAGCAAGGCCGUGCCGUAUUCUGGACCCAGUUGGCACGCUUACGCUCACCGCUUGAUGAACUUUCCCUGUCCGGUGACACCGGCGCAGCCUUGGAGAAAGAGUUCAAGCAGCUGAGCUUUGGCCUUCGUAGCGCGUUUGAACGGUCUACUGAAGAGCAGUCCCCACAAAUGCGACAACUGACCAUCCAAUGGAAUGAUGUCGUCUCCCGCAUCCGCAUGCUGCCUGGCUUUUCUCGCUUUCUCCUGCCUCCCCUUUUCUCCAACCUACAGAAGGCGGCUGAAGAAGGCCCUGUCAUCAUCGUCAAUGCAAGCCAAUAUGGCUGUGAUGCCUUGAUUGUCUUCAGUGCACAAGAUCCUGUCCACGUUCCACUCGAUAUCCCGCAGACUAAAGUCUCCGAGUUGUCUUCGGAGCUUCAGUCCCUCGCAGAGCAAUUUGGUGCUUCUGAUUGUCAAUUCAGACUUGUCAGCAUCCUCCGCAAGCUUUGGGAUCGUGUUGUUGACCCUGUGGUCCGAGCUCUUGAGGCGUUUGAAAUCCACCAUGGCUCGCGUAUCUGGUGGUGCCCCACUGCCGAGUUCACGCUUCUUCCUCUACAUGCAGCAGGACCGUACGGGAAGAACAAAAACAACUUAUCUGACAUCUAUGUCUCCUCUUACACCCCCACUUUGGCGACACUCAUUCGGGCGAGACAGCGGGUUUCUCAAGAGGUGUCCGCACAACAUUUUGUUGCCAUCGGUCAAGCAAAUCCGGACGGAGGGAAGGAACUCUGUCAUGUCGCUCCUGAGUUAGCCAUCGUCGCUCAGCGUCUCGCGCCCGUCGUCUCCUUCACAUCACUCGAGGAUGACGAUGCAACAGUCCAGGGCGCACUUGCUGCACUAAAUCAUAAUCAGUGGCUCCAUUUAGCUUGCCAUGGAAUGCCACACCGGACACAAUCGUUUGACUCUUCCUUCGCAAUGCGCGAUGGGCCGUUGAUGAUCAAGGAAAUCAUCCGGUCCGACUGGCAGAGCCCGGAGUUUGCAUUCUUGUCGGCUUGCCACACUACCGUGGGUCAUAAAAAGAGUCCCGACGAGGCGAUACAUCUCGCUGCGGCGAUGCAAUUCUCUGGAUUCCGCAGUGUGAUAGGUUCCAUGUGGUCUGUCGACGAUGAGGUUGCACUACAGGUUGUGUCCGUUUUCUACCGCAAACUGGUCGAUGGCUCAGGGAGAUUGGACUGUACGCGGGCUGCGGUAGCGUUGCACAAAACUGUGAAAUCGUUGCGCAAGAAGAUCCCACUAGAACAGCAGAUCGUGUUUGUUCACAUAGGUGUCUAGUUUGAUUGAUUCGUCAUGUUAUUGCAUUAUAUGUUAUCCUGAUUGCUUUCAUUACCCUGUUGUCCCACCUAGAUCCCAGUCAUUCAAAUAUUGUCUGCACGAUACUCUGUUUUUUUUUUCCGUUGUGUACUAGUACUGCAAGCACCGAUCCAUUGAAUGAUU